AUGACUUUAAUAAGUAUAAUAAGGCAGUUAGGGGUACAUGUAACAGAGACAAAGGAAGUAAUUGGGUACAUUCUAAGUGCAAAUAGAAGGGAAUGGAAGUUCAUUGCAAAUGAAUAUGCAACUAUCCAUGAUCUAUGCACAGAAUUACAGUCACAGACUAAUAUUCCUGUUGUAUCUUAUACUAAUAUGCGGAUUAUAAAUAUAAAGCAAGAAAUACUGCUGCAGCACAAAGAAUUAUUAAAAAUAAUAAUAGAAAUAAUAGUAGUGCAGCCAAGACUUAUUACGCAGGCGGAAAAAGUAAUGGAAGAUAAGACAGAACAUAUUACACAUAGUGUAAAAAGUAAUGAAGAAAAAAAGGGGGAAGUGCAGCUAUUUAGGAUUGGAAGGAAGAAAAGGACUUGUAAGUUGUGCAGAACUGGGAUUGGUGAAUAUAAAAGGAAGAAAGACCCACUUAUAUCUACAUAUGAGAACAUUCUGUGUGAAAUGUGCUAUAAAGGGUUUCACUGGGACAUAAAAGGAGAAAGAAAGUACGACUAUUUUAAAUAUGAAAAAAAGGAAUAA